UUUGUAAGUAAUGUUGGAAAAUAAACAUAUUAUAUUGGGGUGGUUUUAUUUAGUCAAUAUUUAGGAUACCUAGAACUAAGUCGCCUGCAGCAUGCUUUGAAGGGCCUCGCCCCGCUGCUGCUAGUGGUGAAAAGGCGGCUUAGUUACAGGAAUAGGCGACCUGCUCUUCACCAUGGGACGUGAUGAGCAGGGUUAGGGAAUCCGGUGAGUGCCACCACCCUAGGGUAAAACGCCGAGGGGUGUCAGCGCCAGAGAGCCAGGACACAACCUCGUGACCAUGAAUGGGUCAAAGGGUGGUUGGUACAUACGGAUCACAGCCAUGUGCUAAGUCUCCAAGGCCAAAGGUUAGGAUCACCACUUUGGCUUCCUAGAUUAGGUCUAGCCUAGAAAAUGGUGAUCCUACUAAGAGACUUAGGCCCGGUUCCCACUACGCCGGACCGGCAGAUCUGCCGCGCCGGUAAAUCUGCCGGAAGGGCUAGUGGCUGUACAAUUUAUAUGAAGCUAUUCACAUUAUCCCGGGUCCGGCAUUUUUGCCGAGCCCGGCAUUUUUACCGAGCGUUUUGUCACUACGAAUUGCCGGCAGAACGACCGGGCCCGGAGUAAUGUGAACGAGUUUGUGCCGGUAUCUGUCCCCCGCUCGCCCCGCUCGUGCUCCCCUCGCCCCGCCCGUGUUCCACUCACGUCAUUCGGCUCGCAUUUUCUGGUAAAAGUAGACGUUUAGCAUGGAUAUUCAAGCAGAAACUUUAAUUACGCUUGUCCAAGAGAGACCUGUUCUGUGGGAUAAGACCGAAGACGUCUAUAAAGACAAAAACGUAGAGCCCCCGCACACUGGCCACUUAGUGGCGGCCACGCUUCAGCCACUAGUGGCCGCCACAACCUGCGGACGCGUUUCUUCAUACAUUUUAUAUAGAAUCGGCCUGCGUACUGAAUGCACGUGCAUGAUGUCCACGGAUCCGAUUCCUCAUUUUGAUGUAGACGCUUUUAUUUCCGAUGUCGAAGAGCGACCCGCUAUUUGGGAUUUAAAGUCAGAUUUGUAUAGCGACAGGGGUAAGAAAACUGAAGCUUGGGAGGAAUUGUGCCUAAAAUUUAUUCCAAAUUUUAGUGAAAAAAAUGUAGCGGAAAAAAACAAAGCAGCAUCCCAGUUGCAGCGAAAAUGGAAAAGCCUUCGUGACUGUUUCAAAAGAGAACACUCUAAACAAAUGAGCGUUAAAAGUGGAUCUGCAUCAUCGAGUCGCAAGCCGUAUAUAUAUUAUCAACAACUAUCUUUUUUAAAAAACUUGGCUGACACACGACGUGAUCCCAGCCCAUUACCGAACGAGGUACACGAUGCGACUGAGAGAAAAAGGCCAAAAAAGAACAAGACAAAUAAUGAAGACAUUCAAGCAGAAACUGAUAUACUUGUUAGUAUUUCAGAACAAUUACAAUCUCGUCAUUCUAACAAGCAUGAAGAAGACGCUGACCAUAACUUUGCUUUGUCCUUGGUCCCGCACUUUAAACAAAUACCCAAUGAAUUUAAAUUGGAUGCUCAAACCGAUGUAUUGAUGGUACUAAAAAAAUAUAAACAGUAUAUGCGAACAUCACAGAAUCAACAACAUGGAUAUUUCACAUCAUCAUUUCAGGAACCACGCUCAUACCAUACUAUGCAACCAUCUACUUCGGGUUAUCAACCGACUCCGCGUCCAUCUGCUUUGGGAUAUCAAUCGGCUUCGCGUCCACCUUCUAUGGGAUAUCAAUCAAAUUUUGAGCAUGACUUUUCCGUUAGCUCGCCAUCUGCAUCUGAUAAUACUAUGAAUUCUGUUUUGUCAGAUGAUAUAAAUGAACAUCUUUUUGACAACUGACUAUGUAUGUGUAUUUGUUAUAAAAA